AGAGAGAGAGAGAGAGAGAGAGAGAGAGAGAGAGACGGGAAAAGAUUGGGGGUCUCUUGAGGGUGGACCUGGCUUCUGCAACCGUCAGAGUCAGACAUAGUGAGGAAUGUUCAUCCAGACAUAUGGUACAAUCCAGUUUUAAAAUACUAAACGUAUAUAGCCUAACCUUCGUCCAGUGUGAUUAUUUACGAUAAUAAUGCGUUACUGAAGGAGGUCUGACGGAGUGUUCAAUUUAAUUCGGUGAACUCUGUGGGUCUGCGCCUUUGGAGAAUUGCGGAUUAGGUGACACAGCGACUCUGGACACCGAUCUAACACACACACACACACCAGGAUGACCGUGGAACUGUGGUCUCCAGGUCCGAAACAGAACAGCGCAUGAGUGUGUCCCUUGGUGUCAGGUAGUGUUUGUCAUGGCUAACGGUGGAGACCCGUUCGCCAUCCCAGAGCGCAUGGACACAGACACGGACUCACCGAAAGAGACCAAACCGGAGAAUCACACUUGCUCCAGCUCUCCACUGUCACCGGAGACCACGUGCACACAGCAGGGGAUGGAAGGAAUAAAAUUCUACCUGCACGAGCGCGAGCUGUGGGAGAAGUUCCACGAGGUCGGAACAGAGAUGAUCAUCACUAAAGCGGGAAGGCGGAUGUUCCCCUGCUACAAGGUGAAGGUGACGGGCCUCAGCCCUAAAGCCAAGUACAUCCUCCUCAUGGAUAUCGUGCCAGCGGAUGACCACCGCUACAAGUUUGCGGAUAAUAAAUGGUCUGUGAUGGGGAAGGCGGAGCCGGCCAUGCCAGGGAGGUUGUACGUCCAUCCUGAUUCUCCGGCCACCGGAAGCCACUGGACACGCCAGCUUGUCUCCUUCCAGAAACUCAAACUCACCAACAACCAUCUGGACCCCUUCGGACACAUCAUAUUAAACUCCAUGCAUAAAUACCAGCCCCGCCUCCAUAUCGUCAAAGCAGACGAAUACAACAGGUUUGGUUCCAAGAACACCGCCUUCUGCACGCACGUGUUCUCAGAGACCGCCUUCAUUGCCGUGACAUCAUACCAGAACCACAAGAUCACCCAGCUGAAGAUAGAGAACAACCCGUUCGCUAAGGGCUUCAGAGGCAGUGAUGACAUGGAGCUGCACCGCAUGGCUAAGAUACAGGGUAAGGAGUAUCCGGUUGUUCCUCGUAGCUCAGUGCGUCAGAGGGUGGGUCCUAGUGGGAGUCUGUUUGGGGGGAAUGCGAGGGGGUUGGGUUUGCACCCCUAUUCCUGUGAGAAUGGGGUGAGCAGCACCACCCAGGACCUCCUCAUCCCCCCUCCAGCCCCCUACACCCUCCCCCAACCAGACCCACACGAACACAUGCACUGCAACAAGAGAAAAGCGGAUGAUAGCUGUUCUACAGCAGAGAAUCACCAGUACAGGAAGCCCUACAUCGACAGUUCUCCCAGCAACGACGAGUCUUACUAUCACCCGUCUGCUUACCCUCCUCCCCCUCUCCCUCCCACCGUCCAUCCCCCUCCCCCUGGUCUCUCUGACUCCACCUACAGGUCAGAGGCGGGGCAGCGGCAGGCGUGUAUGUUUGCUGGCUCAGAGUCCAGACUGGACAACCUCAGCUGUACAUCAUGGUCCUACAGCUGCCCUUUGACUCCUGACAUGGCCCCCAUGACCCCUACUGACCCCUACACAACCUUCCCCCACCAGCCCUACUCCUCCAGUCCCCAGAACGCUCAGCUGAGCCCCAGCCCACCCCUCAGAGAAUACCACCGCUACCCCUCCUCCUCAUCUCCUCCCCACUACCACACCCUUCACACACACGUCAUGGGAGGGGUCCCAGAGUGGAGCGAGCCCACCUGAUUGGACCACAGGUGUAGGGGAAAGGCUUGGGGUUCUAUUUAUGUGAGGUGUUGUUCUUUGAUGUGUGAAGAGAUUUCAUUGGCCAGUUGUGUCUUUCCCUUGGAUCGUCUGUGUGUUACGUUUAAUUCCAUCCCCCUCUGACUGGGACCGCUCUGGAAGGAACUGAUGUUAGAGGAACUUGGUGGAUAAGCACUCUCACUAGAGGGACAGAAAGAAAGAUGAUGCCAUCAGCUAAAAUGUUCCGAGCUUCAUUCCUGAGACUGUUUUUAAUACAGUAUGUGACCUGUCUGUCACCCUGUCACCCUGUCCCCUGAAGAAGUGAGACUGUCUCUCUGUGGCCAUGGUUCCCAGUUGGUUUGUGACCCACCGAAAUCCCUGUGACCCAACAGACGAAACCAUAUUUCUAAUCUUUGUAAGUGUCAGCUCAGCUCAGGGCUCCUGUGAGUUAAUGUCGGCUGAGAGGGGCUGCGGUGGCCACAGGCAGAGCAGAAGAGAGAUAAACUGUUAGUUUACACCAGGCUGCAGGGAGGAAGACCUGCACACACACACUCACAAACACAGAGAUCUUGUUUAGAGGCAGCCGCCUGGCAGAAGAACUGUACACACUCCCAUUGCAUUUUGGCUAUACGCACAUCUCAUCAUCAUGCAGCUGUCACUGCUGACCUCUCCUUUACCCCUGAACUGACCAAACAACACUCUCAGUUUCUCUGAACUGACCAAUCAACACUCUCCAUUUCUCUGAACUGACCAAUCAAUCAACACUCUCCUUUACCCCGAACUGACCAAUAAACACUUGAUCAACACUACAUUUCUCUCUCUCUCUACCCCUCUCUCUCCGUCUGUGUUUCUAGCCCUCGCCCCUUUCAAGCCAGUAGAAGGGAGUCAUAUUAUAGUCACAAUGUAAAACAUAUUUUUGUUCCUACACAUAGACAUCAUAUGAUUAUUGUUCUUGUCUAGUUGUCGUUUUAUUUUCCUUGAGAGUCAGUGGGUGCAUUAGUUGGAACCAGGUGAUGGCCUGGUGUUUUGCACUAACAUAAGAAGAGUUCAUAUUGGUUCACAGAGGAUCAGUACAGAAGCACUGUAUGUGCAGAGCGAGAGUCAUUCCUGUGUGUGUGUGUGUGUGUGCGCGCCAGCAUGCGUGUGUUUGUGUGAAAGCAAUGCGUUAAAAAGAGACGUCCUGUGAUCAUUUGAGAAGUGUUUGUACUUUAUUGUAUUGUUAUUGUUUAUAGUAUUUAUUGGCCUCGAGAUAUUGGCUGGUUUUGUUGUAAGAUCGUGAAAUGACACAUUGUUGGUUGAAUUGUUCAAGCUGUUUGUUUCUCAUUGAAGUUAAUUUUAUUUGCUUUCCUCCAUCCCAUCUCCUGUCAUUUCCUUUUGAAUACAAUAUUUAACAUGGUUGUAAUAAAUGGCUUAUUACUUU